CGUCCCGAGCCGCAGCGGGAGACACGGCUACCCACAAUCCACCCGCGUCGAGACGCAUGCGCGGUACGCUACGCGGCCCUGAGGCGUUGGUGCUCGCUCGGUGUCGGUUCUAAAGAUGCGUCGCACCCCGGCAGCAUCAGUACCACCAUCGCCGUGCUAAUAUUCGGAAAGCCGAGGAACCGGCGGCGCUGUUUUGUGGUUCGACGGGAGCCGUCGCCCCAGGACGCCGAGAUGGGAGACCAGAAGGAGUCUCUGCGUAAGAUCACCCACACGCUGGCCACCAAGAACGAUGAGAUCUCAAAUUUCGUCUGCAGCCUCAAACAGAGUCUGGAAAACCUGGAGGCCAACUCCACCCAAGUGCAGGAGGACUUGGAGUCCGAGUUCAACUCCCUCCACUCGGUUCUGGACGAGAUGAAGGAGAACAUGUUGACGCGCAUUAAACAGGAAGGAGCCAGCCGCACAUACGAGCUGCAGAGUCAGCUGAGCGCCUGUACCAAAGCACUGGAGAGUUCGGAGGAGCUGCUGGAGUUGGCCAAUCACACGCUUUGCUCCUCCGGGAGGGACGGCUUCACGCAGGCGGCCAAAGACAUUAAGGAUAGUGUGACGAUGGCUCCAGCCUUCCGCCUCUCCCUGAAGGCCAAGGCCAGCGACAACAUGAGUCACUUGAUGGUAGACUUCAGCCAGGAGAAGGCCCUGCUGCAGGGUCUCAAGUUUCUUCCAGUCCCGGCCACGCCAGAGAUCCAGAUGUCUGAGUGCCAGGUGUGCGACAACACGGUGACUGUCGUCUGGACGCUAGCGGAGCCCGACAGUAAAAUAGACCACUACAUCCUGGAGCAUCGGCGUACCAACCACGAGGGUCCGCCACGCAUCAGAGAGGACUACCCCUGGAUGGUUGUGGAGGGCAUACGUGAGAUGGAGCACACGCUCACAGGUUUGCGGUUUGACACCCGGUUCAUGACGUUCAGGGUGAGGGCAUGUAACAAGGCCGUGGCAGGAGAUUUCUCUGAACCCGUUACACUGGAAACCCAUGCAUUCACGUUCAAAUUGGACUCGGCGUCGGCCCACCAGAACCUGAAGAUCGAGGACCUUAAUGUGGAGUGGGAUGGCAGCGGAGGAAAGAUCCAGGACAUUCGCAAAGAAAAGACCCGAACCAGCUCACCAAUGCAGUCUCCAGCCAGGUCGGCGCUGAUGUCACCAAAAAGAGCACCGACGGCCCGGCCCAAUAGGGAUCGCUUCACAGCAGAGUCCUACACAGUGCUCGCCGAUACGGGCAUCGACGCUGGCCAGCAGUACUGGGAGGUGCGCUUCGACAAGGAGAGCAAGGCCUUCGCCGUGGGCGUGGCCGUGCGCAGCCUGGGCCGCUUCGACCAGCUGGGGAAGAGCAGCGCCUCCUGGUGCAUCCAUCUGAACAACUGGCUCCAGCAGAGCCUCACCGCCAAGCACAACAACAAGGCCCGGACGCUGGACUGCCCCAUCCCGGGCAGUAUAGGAGUCUACUGUAACUACGACGAAGGCGUGCUCUCCUUCUUCAAUGCCAAAACCAAGCAGCUGAUGCACACCUUCAGGACCAAGUUCCAGCAGCCGCUCAUCCCGGCGUUCAUGGUGUGGAACGGCAGCUUCUCUGUGGUGACGGGCCUGCAGGUCCCCAGCGUGGUGCAGAGCGGCCAGAGAAAGAACAGCGGCACCAGCAGCUCCAACGCCAGCCUCACCUAGACCCCCAACCCCUCACACCUCCAGCCCACCAUCGGCCCCCCGUCCCACCAUCCUGCAUGACUGCAGUUGCUCUCCAUGAGCCCACCACGGCAAAAGAGUUGGCGUUGUCAUGCUGCACACUCGCCGCGCGGGUGCUCUCUUGGCUGUUAUCGCGGGUCCAACUCCGUCCCACGACUUAGCGCUGGCCGCUGCCCUUCUUCUAAAAGCCCGCAUUCACUCUCUCUCUGUGCCUUUCUUCUCAUUUCCACAUCAUCGCUGUGAGAGACGUAGCCCUCCCCAUUUCACGUUAAAGCAUUUGUCAGUGUCUCCUGUGUCAAUAACAUCUAGCUUAGUGUUACUUAUGCGCCAGUCUAUUUAAUCCAAAUUCAAAACCCACUCUUUGCUAAUGAAUAGAACGUAACACGAACUGAUAUCCUCGUCACACAGUCAAUGAAGAAUCAAUCCUACUUUCAUUUUGAAUCGUACGUGACACAGCUUAUGCGCUUUUCGGAGCUGUGCAGCUUGCCGCUUUACCAUCUUAGCAAUAAUCCUAAAGGUUUUAAAUGAUGUUUGAGCUGAGAUGGCUCGGGUAUCUUAUUCAAACGUUCUUUGAUAUUUAGUCAAAACCCCUUUUACACUGAUCCUGCAAAAUAUGACCCAGUAUUUAUCCGCCUUUGACUUUUCAACAAAACCAAACAAUUGUCCUGCGGCUCCGUCGUCAACAACAACAAAGUCACUGCUUCUCAUCAGUUGUGGGGGGUGGUAAGUAUCAGUAACAGCAUUUUGCGAGUGGUACUCACUCGCAGGGCCUGUCAGACAGGUCGUAAUAAAACAUACUGGAUUUAUCUGUCAUUGACUUUUACACGGAAGCCAGUGAUAUUCUUGGAACUGUCAACAACAGCAGUCACUGCUUCUCAUCAUUUUGAUUUUUUUUUUUUUUCUCCACCGUAGUAUCAGAGUCACCUCUUUUACACAAAGAGUUUGCAUAAUGGCUCUAUAGGAGCCGUCACAGAAGACCCAUACUUUUAUCCACCUUUGACUUCUACACAAAACCCGGUAACGUUGCAGCAACUGUGUCAACAACAAAGUCACUGUUCCUUGUUAAUUUUUUUGGGGGACUAGUCAGUAACUUCAUCCUUUUUGUGGGUUACACUUUUACACUGAGGGCCUGCAAAAUGGCCGCAUCGGAGCCAUAGCCAAAAACCCGGCAUUUACCCCGCUUUGAGUUUUAAACGGAAUCCAGCGAUAUUGCCACACCUUUGUCAUCAACAACAUUCCCAUCUCAUCGUUUUCAUUUUCUUUACUUGUAUCAUACAGUCACCACUUAAACACAAAGGGCCUUCAAUACCAUUUGUAACAAAACAUACAGCACUUAUUCACCUUUUGACUUUUACGCGGAACCCAGCGCAAGGGGAAUAUUGUAGCUUUCACACUGACCACGUUCGUAAAUCAUUUCCCAUUGGAAUGAAUGGAAAUGCCAUUAAUCUAUUUGAGACCCCUCCCCCCCAAAAAAACCCAAAAAUUGUUUUAAUGUGUAUUUUAAUGAGGGAAUAUAUAUAUAUAAAUAUAUAAACAUACAGUAAUGACAUAAAUAGAAUUAAAGGGAAUUAUAGAGUUUUUGCCACACUAAUUAAAUGAUAAUUGUCCUGCUCUUUCUGGUGUGGCCUUGUCCCAGCAUUGCAGGAGUCACUGAAAGUGGCGUCAUUACGGCUUAACUCCUCAAGUGGCUGAUUGGCGGGUCGUUGUUGUCACCUUAGUCCGUGUCGGGGCUAUUUAUACAAAACGGCAAUACGGACAAAAGGCGGGAAAAUGCCAGUUUGUAGAGGCAGAGUAUAAGGGGUUUUAGAUGAUAAUAUUCAACCUUGUUACUUUUAUCAUGCUUACUAUUGUUUUCUUGUAGAAUCGGUGUCUGUUCAAGGACUUAAGACAUGGGAUGUCUUGCCAAGAAGGGAUGCAAAAAUACACCAGUAAGCUCACUAAUCCUCAUUCUUGCGAAGCAAAUAGUGUUGUUCCUUAUCAGUGGAAAGGAUCUGUCAGCAUGUGUGUGUGUCCAAGUGUAGCGUGCCAGUAAGUUAUAUAACAAGCUGUUUGGUGUGCAACUUUGAGCUGAAUAGACUGCUGGAAUUGAUUUGAUAGUGUGUGUGUGUGUGGGGGGGGGGGGUGAGCGCACGUUGACCUCUGCUUCCUCAUUGCUUUCCCUUUCUGUGUUUGGGCCUGGAAAAAUGGACAUAGAUGCUUUAAAGAAGCAUCACUGGAAAAUGUUUUGUUUCAUUCAAACGCUAACCAAAUGCCAUACCACAUACUGUAAAUAGUUCUUUUUUUUUUCAUAUUAACCUGUCACCAAUCAGUGAGGUAAUAAAGGAGUAACAGCA